AUGAUAUCUCUACUCUCACUCGUUUCGCUCGCCCUCCUCACCGAGCAUCUGGCAACAGCGCUCUCCAUCCCACGACACAAUGCCAACUACACGCCCUCAUCCAACGAGCUGGAUCGACGGCAAGGAGCCUCGGACCCAGCAUCCUUCACCUGGGUCCGCCGCUUUGCUGCUAUCGGCGAUAGCUACACAGCCGGCAUCGGCUCAGGCGAGCAACUGGGCAGUCUAUUCCACAACUUCAACGACUGGGCCUGUUCCCGCUACGACCUCUCCUACCCGAUGAUGAUGCGCCAGUACGUCGGGGCAUCCAUCGAGAACUUCCAGUACCCGGCCUGCACGGGCGACCAAACCUGGCAAAUCUACAACCAAAUCAACGCCCUGCAAGGCAACCUCGACCUGGUCACCCUCACAGCCGGCGGCAACGACCUGUGUCUGGUGGACAUCAUCAAAGACUGCAUAGUGCUCGCCUUCUACGACGAAGCGACCUGCAACACCAUCCUCGCCAAAGCCGAAGAAAACCUCGCCAACAUCAUGCGCACUAACAUCAAAGAGAUGCUCCUGGCCCUCAACACCAAGAUGGCCAGCGACGGCAUCGUCGUCUACAACAGCUACGCACAAUUCUUCAACACCGACAACGAGAAGUGCGCCACCGACCAGGACUGGGGGCUCUUCGCCUGGGUCGGCUACACCUGGCUAGGCAUCCGAUCGACCCCCUUGCCGCUGACCACUGCGCGUCGCCAGCGCUUCAAUACGCUCACGGCGGGACUCAACAACCUGAUCCGCGACGUGGUGCAUGACGUGGCGGAUGAAGUCAACUACAAGGUUGGAUUCUCCAACUGGGAUCUAUGGCCGAGUGAGGGAGUCGACGGGCAAAUGUGCUCGCCUUCGUCGUCGGGGGCGUACCCGGAUAAGUACCAGCCGGAUUUGCUGUUCUUCAAGCCGGAUACCCGUAAAACCUUUUUCCGUUCCCCGAUCGGGUUCAAGAAGCGCGACGAGACAGAGAUAGACACCUACCUCGAAGUGUCCAACGGCACAGCCACCGCCAAAACCACCACCACCACCACCCCAAACACCCACCCCAACCUCAUCUCAGAGGAAGAAGAAGACCCCCUCAACGACCCCAACAUCGACCCCGUCCUCAAAUCCCGCCUCCUCGCUCUCCGCGCCUCCCUUCCAAAACCCACGUCCCAGGAUGACCUCGACCCCAACGGCAUCCCCCGACACAUCUACCGCACCUCCCUCUGGCACAGUCCCAACCCGCGCGCCGCCGCCCUCCACGCCCUCAACCCCCGCGCUGCCCCCGCUGUUCCUGGCUGCCCUUCCGACUCCGGAAACUCCUGGCUCCCGAGCUUGGGUUCCCUGCUCCCUGAUUUCUUCGGCCGGAUCUUCCACCCUAAUCCGCUGGGUCAUAACGCGCUGGCGUCGUUUGCGAUUGCCAAGACGAUGGAUUUACGCGCUGAGGUGUUGAAUGCCGUGCCGGAGGUGUGCGAGGUAACUGAGGAGUUUAGUUGUUGGCGGUCUGGCGGGCGGAGCGCGUUCGUUACGGCGGACAGGGCGGAUGCAAACAUGAAGGAUUUUUGCGCUACUGUUGAAGGGCCGGGAGGGGGUUACACGAAUUGGAUUCGGUCGAAGGUGUACCAUGAGGGCACGCCGGAUGAGAUGGAGUUUAUCCUGCAGGGUGGAGACGUGGAUACGGUAAAUCGGGAGGAGUGUUUGGAUGCGUUUACGAAGGUGGUGCAUGGGUGUGAUGCCGGGGAUAGUGAUAAUCCGAUGAAUUGGAAGUUUGGGGGCAGGUGGAAGAAGGGGGAGUAUUCGUAUGAUUUGAGUCCGAGAAGGAAUCGGAAUCUGUUGGCCGCGCCGAUUGGGCAGUGUAAGGGGAAGUAUAAGUUUUUGUUUAGUGAUUUUGAGAUGUACGGAGCCGGUUUCAGCAGCUGGGAUUAUGGCCAGGAUACCGUUCUCCCCAAGUCCAAAGGGUGUCUCGGAUUGGGCGUUACAAAAUGGAACUGGGAGUAUUUUGACCAGCCAGAUGCGAACGGUAUGGAAUGGAAGGUCACGUUCAGGACGCCCGUCUUUGUCAGUAACCGGUGUUACCGCAACAACAAGGUGGUUGAGUCGGUAGGAGGAAACACCAACGGCUGUGGUGGAGAUUCAGGGGCUUAG